CAUACGCGUUCCCGAGACUGAACUCCAGCUGGUUGUCAACAUUAGUGAACGUGUCAGAGAAGCGGUCAUAUGGCUGUGUGUGUUCCACACAAACUGUACACUGAAGAAAAAAAACAAGACUCUUAACAUACAGUCUGUGAAUACCAGGUGUACUUGGUUUCUUUAUAAAACCCAACAAUGGCUCAUUUGACGCAGAACCCCGCCGACAAGGAGAGGUUUAUCUGCCUCUACCCGAUCUACAUCAACAGUAAGAAGACACUGGCCGAGGGACGCAGGAUCCCUGCAGAGAAGGCUGUGGAGAAUCCGUCCUGUACUGAAAUCAGAGAUGUCCUGACGGCUGCUGGACUGAACGUCUACAUGGAGAACAAAAUGCAUCCCAGGGAGUGGAACAGAGACAUCCAGUUCAGAGGUCGUGUAAGAGUUCAGCUGAAGCAGGAAGAAGGCCACUUCUGUCAGGACAGGUUCAGCUCUCGUAAAGAUGUGAUGUUUUACGUGGCUGAGAUGAUUCCCAAACUCAAGACUCGGACACAGAAGGGUGGGGCAGACACCAGCUCUCAGCAGGGAGAGGGGGGGAAGAAGAGCAAGAAAAAGAAGAAAUAGACAAUGUUUUCAAUGUUAAAAACUCCCAGGUGUGUUGCUUUGAGGUUUAUGUGAAGUGGUGGAGGUGCAUCGUAAAGCUGCUCUCAGACAUGCACUAAACUCUGGAGAUUGUGUGGUGGGGCCGUAUGUGUGUAAAUGCUGAUGUCCACAGGAGUCGCGAGAUACUCUGGAGAGUCUCGCCCAGAGGUCAUAUCUGAAAUUGGCUUUUGUUCCUGUUUAAUUUCUCAAACGGCUUCAUUUUGAUUUUGUUAAAGUCAUGGAUCCUUGACAAAAGAUAUCAGUUGAGUUUAAGUAAAUGGAUCUUCCUUAUGGACGUUAAGCAAAGACAUUUUCAGGAGCAUAUUUUGUAGUUUUAGUAACAUCCGAACGAGCUCUGCUGCAUAUUGUUUUUUCAUGUGUGGUUAAUGGACCUGGAUUAAGUCUCCAGAAUUUAUUCUAAAAGUUCAGAAUAAACUUGACAUUUUUAAGUAUUA